UUGUACUGUUGCAUUGCAAUUUGCAACGUUGCUGCAAUGUUGGUGCAAGCUUCUGUGCUGUAUGGGUCCUUCGAAAUAUAAACAAAGAUAAAGCAAAUUAAAAAGUUAGGUGUAUUGGACAUGUUCUGUCUUAAUUUAGAAAGCUUGCUUGAAGAGCGUCAGAUACAUUUUAAGUUUAAUAAAUAAAUCGUCAUUCGCGAGAUAUAUUAAUAUUAAUAUUAACAUAACGUCACAACUUAAACCGAGCACUUUAAACUUGGCGAUAAUCCCCUCCAUACUGCUCGUAAGUAAUGUAGCAUUUAUAAUAACAACAUUUGCAUAAUCGUCACGCGUAGAUAAAUAUCUGUUAUCAACAAUGGCAGCUUUUCUCGACACUCGUCGAUCACGCUGCUAACGGCAGCGACGACGGUCGGCAGUACAUGGGCGGAACAGCGAUUUUCUCGCACUAUACUCGAGCAACCUGUGAAACAUGGCCGAUCCCACGUUACAAACAUUUUGUUGCCACCAUACGAAUCGAACAGACAGAGCAAUUACGAUAAUGCAAGAGUUCAACACAGACGCAUACAACACAGUGUGCAUAGUCUCGUCGACAAUAGGCAUGAUAGGCGCGAUCUAUCAGGUAAAUUGUUGGGGGGCCACUGGGGAAGAGGUUAUUCGUCACCGGUAUUUAUCGUGGAAAUUUAUGAUACUGCCCCGGGAGGAUUCAAAUACUUUUCAACGUUGGAACUUCUCCAGAGGACGAGAUAUUAUUGUAUGGCUCGCUGUUGCUGAUCUCUUAGCAUCUUUAGGUGUGUUCAUGAGAUCGAUAAUAUGGAAGAACUUCGGGUCUAUCUUGCCGAUGGAGGCCGACACGUCGAGUGUUAUUUUUUGCGCCCUGUCAUCGGCAUGGACUCAAUACUUCUACAUGGCCACGUGGAUCUGGACGUUGUGUUAUGCAAUAGACAUGAAAUUGUUGUUGGGUAGUAAAAACGGGCCUUUCACGCGCUACCACCUUUUGGCCUGGGUGCUUCCAGCCGUUCUCACCGCGGUUGGCCUGAUCAUCCUCUACCUGCCAGAUGCAAACUGCCACGGCUUGACGUCGUUGUCCAGUGCGCUAUUGCGCAUUCUGCCAAACUAUUGUGUCACGUACAUGCUGCUGGCGGUGGUGAUGAUCGUGAAUCCUAUUCUGUACGUCGCGUCAACUCGGAACCUCCAGUCGGCGGUGCUGCACAGUAUGGCUCAAAUGACCGGAAGGGAGCGAAAAUUGAUACAGAUAAUUCGACUGAAGUUCGCUCUGAUCAAUCUGGUCUACUACAUAUGCUGGUUGCCCAACUUAAUUAACGGGAUACUCCUGUGGACCUUGUGGCACGAAUUGCCCAUUAAGGCGAUCGUGAUUCUGUGGUACAUGAUGGCUGUGACGAAUCCCCUUCAAGCAUUUUUCAACGCGAUUGUUUACCAGCCGUGGACCAGGAGGCAGAAGUUACGUUUCGAGUGUUGCCAAGACUUCAAGUCGAGCACCAAUAUUAAUUUAAACGCGAUUGGUAAGGGAGAUACGAACUUCUCGGAAUCAUCGCCACUGUUGCCGGAUCAAGAGAAGGAAUACGGACAGAAUGUACCGCAUGUUAGUAUAAACGGCUCCUCGUCCCUGUAAGAAUUUAUCACAGUAGCUUACCCCGUACAGCGCUCUCCUAGAACAUGGAUUCGUAUAGCGGAAAAAUUGCGGCAGUGCUCGUGUAAUGCCUCGAGUACACAUGACGAAACGCAACUGAUCGUUAUGAUGUACAAUUAAGACCGAAGAUUUUUGUAGAUAUACAUCUUCCGCGUUAUACUGGGGUUUACCAUGCCGUACUAGUUCGUUAGAAAAUGUAACUGCCAUUUAUGUCGUCAUGGCAUUAAAAAAAAGAGUCCUUAUACGCGAAAUUAGCGAAGCUUUUACAUUUUAUAAAUUUUUACACGUAAAAUCAAACAUGAAAAUGCGCUCCUCUACACGCGAUCAUUUUUACGAAACCUCAGGAGAUGCCUUUGCAAGUGCAAUAAUAUAAAGUUUUCUAAACGAUUUUCUGACGAGAAGGAAAAUAUGAAAAUAUAUUUUAACAUAUUUCGUGUUAUAUAUAACUAUAGUUGAAACUGAAAAGAAUGAAUAAAUAUAAUUACCAUUUAAUGUAAUUUAUAUAUAGGAAAUGCAAUUUAUAGAAAACUGAGAUUAUAUAAAAUGCAAUGGUAAAAUAAGAACAUGUAAAAUAGGAAACAUAUUUUUACAUAGGAGAAAAAGAUUGCAGCGUGUAUAUGUGUAUCUGCAAUAUAAUAGACUGUUUAAUUAUUUUUUAAAAGAAUGCCGGUAAGUUCUUUUUUGAUUUAUAUGAUAUGCGCUGCGCAACGAUAUCAUAGAUAAAAAGAUAUAACAAAAAAAAUAUAUAUAUAUGUAGAAUAUAAGGGGUUUCAUUAUUAAUAACAUUUUGUACUUAAUAUUAUAUGUGUUAUACUAAAUACUGUUAAAAUAUAUCUUUUUCUAUAUCAUAAUAUCACGAUCAACAGCGGUCACAUGUAUCAUUGUACAUACAUACACAUAUACGUCAUUAUUCUAGUUUAACACCAAAUAUAUCGUUAUACAAAUCGGCAAUGUGAAAAAAAGUACAAAAUCUUACGCCUUAAGAAUUUGUCAAUAUCUGUCAAUAUCAGCAAUUUUCAUCGAGAGCGAGAAAAAUAGCGCAAAUGGAACUGAAUUUAUAUGUAUCAAGAUAACUGAGAAUAGUGCGACUGACAAGACGAUUUAAAACAAAAAUAACAAUGAAAGUAAUCAAUGGAAUAAAUUAUUCUAUGGGAUAUGUAUGAAUUUUGAUAAGUUUGUUCCAUAAAUUUGCUUUAC